GCUCUCUGAUUGGCCAGCGCGACUCACCAGACAUGACCGCGCUUGUUUUCUGCAGAGGAAGCGCGCGUGUGGCACUAUUGUACUGUGCAAUGAAAGAGACAGCAGCGUUUCGCGAAGAGAUGAUGUGACCAAACAACACAUCUUAAACCAUCUUCUGUAAGAUUAGCGUUUUGCAAAAUAGCUUUGAAAAGCACCGACGCGCUGCCGUCAAGACAAGGACACUGCCUCCGGAUCAAGGUGGGUUUCCAUCGCCUACACUUUGACUGAGAGCAGUCUGCUUAACGAGUGCCAAAUGCCAAGACUAGAGGAGCACUGUUGGAGCUGCUCCUGUUCAGCCAGUGUGAAGACGCAGGAGCUGUCAAGCGCGCGCUGGGUUGUUUGUAAGACAGCAGAAAUGAUGUCCAUCAUCACCUCAGUGCUGAGCCACGCAUACGGCUCCCUGCACAGCCUCCAGUCCGCCAAUUUAAUUCGACGGGGGCUUGUACUGUUCAUCGUCGGAGUAGUUCUCGCCCUGGUGCUGAACUUACUCCAGAUCCAGAGAAACGUCACAUUGUUCCCAGAGGAAGUGCUGGACACGCUGUUUUCGUCGGCCUGGUGGAUCCCCCUCUGCUGUGGCACUGCUGCCGCUGUGGUUGGUCUCUUGUACCCCUGCUUGGACCAGCAUCUUGGAGAACCGCACAAGUUUAAGCGGGAGUGGGCAAGUGUGAUGCGCUGCAUUGCUGUUUUUGUGGGCAUCAAUCACGCCAGUGCUAAACUGGACUUUGCCAAUAAUGUGCAGCUGUCACUAACUCUGGCUGCCCUGUCUCUGGGCCUCUGGUGGACGUUUGACCGUUCCAGGAGUGGCUUUGGUCUAGGGCUGACCACUGCUUUUCUAGCCACCCUCAUUGCUCAGCUGCUGGUCUACAAUGGCAUCUACCAGUAUACGUCUCCAGACUUCUUGUAUGUACGUUCGUGGCUGCCUUGUAUAUUCUUUUCUGGUGGAGUGACCGUAGGAAACAUCGGCCGACAGCUAGCUAUAGGCUCAACUGAGAAGCCUCAUAAUGACUAAGUGGGUGUCAGAGGUCAUGAAGUGAGCUUUAAAGAGUGCCAAAACAGAGGGCCUUCAAACUGAGACUCUAUAUUGGGUGUUCCUGGUUUCUGUCCAAGCGUAACUUCUGCUCUUAAUUUUACUCCUCCUUAUAAUGAUGCAAGAAAUCAAAGAGCAGGUUGGUCUGAAUUGGCCCGGUGUGCCAUGAACAGCACUUUUGAACAGCCAAAAGAAUCCCCCUGGCAUUCAUUACUACCAUCAGCAUUGUCAUCGUCACAGCUCCUUGCAGUAGUGUUACUGGUAACAUCAGUCUCCUUAUUACCAGGUUGCUGGAGUGCCGCUAUUGGACUGUACAAAGUCAUAACUAGCUUCACUUUCACUGAAGGUGAAAGAGUGAAAAGUAGUGGUGAAGCUUUGUGUAAACGAAUGUUUGUGUGUGUGCUGGUCCCUGUGGAUAAGGCCAGGGAAAAAAAGGUGGUGUGAAGUGCACACUUCACUUGUUUUACCUUGUGCUGGAGAACCGAAAGAGAAAUCAAAGGGAAAAAAAUGUAAGACAAAAAUACC